AUGUGGAUGGGUAGAUGGCCUGUAAAGGUUGGCUUUUGGAUCCUACCUUGGCAGCGAGGUAAUUUGUUGGUCAAAAACAUGCCGAAUAAUGCUUGGCUGGAUCCAGUUUUCUCAGCACACCACGCACCAGCCACAUCAGGCACCGAGGCCAUCAGGAGUGAGGAUCCGUCUUGGGAACUCUUUACCGACGUGCAAAGCGGGCUUCGAAGCCCACAUCUCAAAGCCGAAAGAAAGAGCACCAAAUCUCUAUAUUUAGGCCGAUCUCCGCUGCUCGCAACGAGCAUGGCUCGCCGGAUUCUCCAUCGGCUCGCCGGGCGAAUGAGCGAGUGCAUGAAGGUGUUUGUGGAGCCGUGA